GGCAACUCGCUGCAAACAGCAGCAUUUGCUGCUCAUGUUGCUGCAGCAGCAAAAGGCCUUUUGCUGGGGGCCCUUUCCCCUUUGUCUCUUGCUGAUGCAGCACAAGCCCUCAACUUGCCUUGCGAAAAUCUGCUUCAAGCAGCAAAUGAGCUCAUAGCCAAAGGCGAAGUUGCUGGAGCCAUUCAGGCCAAAGUCUUCACCCCAGGAAUCUUCUCAGCAGCACAAACGGCACAGGUGCAGCAGCAGCAGCAGCAGCAACAGCAGCAGCAGCAGCAACAGCAGCAGCAGCGGAAGCAGCUUUUGCCUGCUGGCGCUGCGUGGCUGCAGCAGUAG